AUGCUCGUGUCCCUGACCGUCGGCAAGGUCGACGCCGGCGUCACGGUGCUCCUGACCCCUGAUAAGCGCCUUAUCAUCGCUAACGAAGCUACCCCUCAGAUCGAGUUCCCCUCCAUCCUUCUCCCGCCCAACAUCUCCUCCGGCAGCAUUGUCGACAUCAACGUCUCGCAGAACACGACCAAGGAGUCCGCCGAGGAGGCCAAGUUCCGCGCGCUGCAGGAGCGCAUCUACGCCUCCUUCGGCGCGGCCGAGCCCUCGACGCCCGUGCUGCGCUGCCGCAACGCGACGCAGACCUCGGUGGUGCUCGAGUGGGACCCCGUGGCGCUCGCGACCGCCGACCUGGUCUCGCUGACGCUGUACCGCAACGGGCAGAAGGCGGGCCAGAUCCCGCGGCCGCUGGCGAUGCACAGCACCAAGAUCAGCGGGCUGGCGGUCGACACGGAGUACGCGUUCCACCUGGUGCUGCGGACGAGCGCGGGCACGCGCACCAGCGAGCGCGUCGCGGUGCGCACCCACAAGAUGACGGACCUGAGCGGCGUGACCGUCACGCCGGGUUUGUUGCCGGCGGCGCAGCGCGAGGCGCUGGCGCGCGCGGUGACGAGGAUCGGGGCAAGGAUCGUGGCGGAUGGCAGCGUGCGCAUCGACACGACGCACUUUGUGACGACGGAGGGCCGCGGCACCGCGUGGGAGAAGGCGGUGGAGAACAACAUACCCGUGGUCCGGCCGGAGUGGGUGGACGCGUGCGAGAAGGCGGGCCGCAUCCUGGGCGUGACAAAGUUCUACCUGGACGCCAUGCGGCCGGGCCCGCCGAGCGACCCGACGCCCACAUCCACGCCGCCACCGGUGCAGAAGGACCAGCCGCCGCCGCCGCCCCCGGAGGCGGACGACGAGAGCGUGGUGGAGGGCCAUGAGGACGCGGCGGCGAACGGCAAGACGGAGGAGCAGCAGCAGCCGAGUGGCGCCGAGGACGAGCCGGCGGAACCCAAGGCCCGUCGGCCGGACCACGACGAGGAGCAGAAGAUGCGCCUCGAGGACAAGGACGGCCAGAAGCUGGCGCUGCGCCCCGCCGAGGCCAGCAAGGUCUCCCUGGCAGAGGGCGAGUAUGACGCGGACGCCCGGAAGGAGAGCAGCGAAGACAAGGAGGAGCAGGGGGACGAGAAGGAGGUCAAGCAGCCAGGCUCGACACAGGAUGGGGACUCCUUCCAGGAGGUGCAGCUGUAA